AUGUACAUUGGACAAGUUCUUCUAUCUUCAAGGCCUUUCCUGGUUGCCAUUUCUUGUUUCCAUCCCCUGUCCGGGGGGGAUGCUCAGGCUAGAAAUGCUGUAGGGAUUACCCCAGGAAUCCUUGUUAGAUCAGGGUAUGGAUUGAGUACUGGAGCUGAAAACUGGAAAUGUGUAGGUUUAGACAGUGAACAAUCAGAUGACGAUUGGGCCCAGUUUAAUUUUGAUGACUCUGAUUGGUUUGAUCCUGUGAUUCGGGCUGAUGCUGGAGUUUCACUUGUCAACCAGGAUCAGGAUCAGGACACAAAUAAUGUCUGGAUCUGGGGAAAACCAGAAAGUGGAGAAGGGGUUCCACAAUAUACACUAUGCAGACUGUUCGUCUCUUCUUUGGAAGGAGAAUCCUGUUUGAAUUACAAGAGAUCUUUGCCCAUCUGCAAUGAUGAUGGUACCCCUGGAUUAAAUUACCGUGAGCAGGAGAAUUUUAAUACUGGAUAUCUGGAUGGAAGUGCUAUUUAUGGAUCAACUUUAAAAGCCAGUCAUAACCUGAGACUUUUUGAGGGUGGACUACUGAAGCAUGCUCCAGGUGGGAUGUGCUCAGAUUUUCUUCCGAAGGAAAAAUAUCUCUACUUAGCAGGCGAUAGUAGGGUGACAAGUUUUCCACAUCUGUUGGCAGUACAUACACUUUUUCUCAGGGAGCAUAACAGAAUAGCAAGAGAGAUACAACGGUUAACCCGGUAUCCUGAUGAGAAGAUCUACGAGCUGGCCAGGAAACUGACUAUCGCAGAGCUACAGUCUAUAACCGUUCUAGAUUUACUUCCAAUGAUUUUGGGUAGAACACCGGAGUUCAUGAAACAGUAUACUAAAUACAAUCCAACUGUGAAUGCUGGUGUGGAGCAAGCAAUAGCUGCAGCUGUAUCUGGAUUCAUCUAUACUGUAAUACCGCCUGAAGUGUUAACUGGUGGGGUGGACACCUCUCAGUAUUCCAGCAUACGUAGUGGAAAUCUGAUAGAUUAUUUUGCUGGGACUAAGCAGUAUGAUUAUACCUGUGCCCCAGACCAACUAUUGAGGUAAACUCAAGAAUAAUAUU